AUGGCUAAGAAAGGAAAAGAGGGCAAAGCAGGCAAAGGGAAGGAUGUCAGAAAGGGGAAAAAGGAACUUGUCACUCAGUUGGACGAUGGGUCAGAUGCUGACUUGGCAAAGAGCAACACCGAAGACAGCGAGAUGGGCAGCGAGCUGGUUGAGGAAGAGGAGGAUGAGAAUGAAGAUGACCCUAAGAAGAAGGGGAAGGACAAGAAAGGAGUGGUCAAAGGGGCCAAGAAGGGAGGCCCAGGGAGGAGAGGGCAGCUGGAAGAAAAGGAGGAUAAGGAAGUUCCUGCCAAGACAAAGAGGCAGCUGAAAGGUGCCUCCAAGCUGGUCAUGGGCCUGGCAGCAGAUGAUGCCAAGAAGAAGCAAGUGGCCAAGAAGGAACAUGCCAAAGCCCAGCUGAAGGGAGCCACGAAGGCAAUGGUCAUGGCCAAAAAAGAGCCAGCAGUCCUGCCCAAGAAGAGGCGGAGCUUGAAAAGCACAUCCAAACUCUUCAUGGGUGUAAAAGGGAUGAGGCAGCAGAAGGACACCAAGAAGAGCCAUUUCAAGAACACCUCACGCUUCUUCUGGGGACUGAAGAAGUACAGCACAAAGAAGAAGAAGAAGAAGAACAAGGGGGUGCUGAAGUCCACCUCCAACCUGAUGAUGCACUUCAAAUCCCUUGGGAGGAAGAAAAAGAAGAAAGAGACAGCAGCUGGCAAGGAGACAAAGAAGCCAUCGUUCAUACUGAUCCGGCUGGGAGGUGGGAAAUCCGAAGAUCACCGAAGUAAAGGAGGGGGGUUUUUUGGCAGCCUGUUCCGGCGGAAGAAGGCAAAUCCAAAUUUCAAGCCCCAGGCCCAGAUGGUCAGCAAAGUGGCCGCUAUCACCAACUGGCUGACCCGGAAAUUCUUGAGGGGGUUUUUUGGCAGCCUGUUCCGGCGGAAGAAGGCAAAUCCGAAUUUCAAGCCCCAGGCCCAGAUGGUCAGCAAAGUGGCCGCUAUCACCAACUGGCUGACCCGGAAAUUCUUGAGUAAACGUGGUGGAUAUAGAUAUGACAAAGGAGUGACUGACGAAUCUUGGCUAGCCAAGAUUGGAGCCAAGAAACUCCCUUUCCCUUCAGAAGAUGAAGUUUUGAGACACCGAGCAAAUAUGAGAAGAGUUCCUGGAGUCAAUACAUGUUAUGGCCAAUACCAGGACAAAUUUGGCUACUGGGACAACCAGGAUUCCGCCACACCACAAGAUUACUUUGACAACUAUGAAGAAGAACAUGGUUGUUAUGAUGUAUGCUCUCCUUUUAAGUAUGGCUUUUCUAAUUAUAACCAGGAGUGUUAUGGGAGGCAUCCAGUGGGAGAAGAAUAUGAGCCUUAUGAUGAAGCAGUGGACUACAGUGAGCAAGACCCUUAUGACUACCACAGUGACAAUCAAAAAUGCGGACCCUCUUUCAAUUACCCACCUUAUGAAUCUUAUGAUGACUUCAGCAGUGAUUAUGAAGUAGAAGGUGGUCCAUAUUGGUUCCCUUAUGGAAGGACAGGAGAACUGGAACACCCCGAUGAGGAGGAGGAUGGUUACUAUCAGCAGGAAGUUAAUGACAGUGAGCAAGAUUGGAUCGCCCAGGCACAGUCUUCAUACAACCCAUAUGCCUGUCUGUGGGAGGACGUUGCUGGGAUGGAAGAAGCAGACAGAGUUGAGGCUGAGCCAGAAGAUGAUCCCAUCGCUUUAUCCCAUUCUUCUGUUUUUGAACAAGGAACAGGAGAAAAGAUGGCUGCAAGGUCGCCUUUGAACAGAAAGUUCCGACUUUUCCCAAGGCCCCAAGUGAAAUUGUUUGGCAAGGAGAAGCUUGAUGUCCCACUUCCUCCUUCCCCACAGAUUUCUCUGGCUUAUUUGGAUCCUGAGGAAGAAGGCACCAAUGAUGAGGAAGAACAGGAGCCUCUAAUUUCUCCUUUUGCCCAGUCUGAUGGUCAAUAUCUAGACCCUCCCGGGUCUCAGGGCAUUUUUUCAAAGUUGUUCCCAGGCUGUUUUAUGCAUUCCGUUCACAACUUGCAAUCUGCAGCCAACCCAGGAGGGCCAAGCAAUGACAAUGUGGAUGACUUGACCCAACUGGAAGAACUUCAAGAAAGUGUGGUCCUUCAAAACAUCAAAAGGAGGUUUGAACGGGGACUGAUCUAUACGUACAUAGGUAGCAUCUUGGUGUCCGUGAACCCUUACAAAACAUUCAACAUCUACGGAACUGACCACGUCCUGAAGUAUGAAGGCAAAGCACUGGGAGAGAACCCACCACACCUUUUUGCAAUCACUAACGUUGCCUACAGCAAGUUGAGAGAUGCCAAACUCAACCAAUGUAUCAUUAUCAGUGGAGAAAGCGGCUCCGGGAAGACAGAGGCCACCAAACUGAUUCUUCGUUAUCUGGCAGCUAUAAACCAGAAACACACUGCGACUCAGCAGAUAAAGAUUCUCGAGGCGACUCCUCUGCUGGAAUCUUUUGGAAAUGCCAAGACUGUGCGGAAUGACAACUCCAGCAGGUUUGGGAAAUUUGUGGAAAUCUUUCUGGAGGAUAACGGAUUGAUCUGUGGUGCCAUCACCUCCCAGUACCUUCUGGAGAAAUCAAGAGUCAUCUUUCAGGCCAAAAAUGAACGAAACUACCACAUCUUUUACGAGAUGCUAGCUGGCCUCCCCACACAGCAAAAGCAGACAUUUUGUCUUCAAGGUGCAGAAACGUACUAUUAUCUGAACCAGGGAGGCAACUGUGAGAUUCCUGGCAAAACAGACCUAGAGGACUUUCAUCGGCUGCUUGACACCAUGGAGGUUCUGAAUUUCAGUCUCCGAGACCAGGACAGCAUCUUCCGAAUCCUGUCUUCCAUCCUUCACUUGGGGAACGUCUACUUUGAAAAGUAUGAGACUGACUGCCAGGAAGUGGCCACGGUGCUGAGCGCUAAGGAGAUCCGGGUGGUGGCCGAGCUGUUGCAGAUCUCUCCUGAGGGCUUGCAAAAGGCUAUCACCUACAAAGUGACGGAAACAAUGAGGGAGAAGAUUUUCACGCCACUCACCAUAGAAAGCGCUGUGGAUGCCAGAGAUGCCAUUGCCAAGAUCCUUUACUCGCUGCUCUUCAGCUGGCUCAUGGACAGGAUCAACAAGCAAAUGUACCCCAAGCAAAACACCCUAUCGAUUGCCAUCUUGGAUAUCUACGGCUUUGAGGAUCUCGGUUUCAACAGUUUUGAGCAGCUGUGUAUUAAUUACGCCAAUGAAUAUCUCCAAUACUUCUUUAACAAGAUCGUCUUUAAGGAAGAACAGGAGGAAUAUAUCCGUGAGCAGAUUGAAUGGAGGGAGAUUGCCUUCACUGACAACCAGCCGUGCAUUGAGCUGAUUUCCCAAAGGCCUCACGGGGUUUUGAAGAUCCUGAAUGACCAAAGCAGUUUCCCCCAGGCCACUGACCAUACAUUCCUUCAGAAAUGCCACUAUCAUCACAGCUCCAACCCCCUGUAUUCCAAGCCAAAAAUGCCACUGCCGGAAUUCUCUAUCAAGCACUAUGCAGGCAAAGUAACCUACCAGGUACAUAAAUUCUUGGAUAAAAACUAUGAUCAAGUUCGCCAGGAUGUUCUGGAUCUUUUUGUCAACAGUAAAAUCAAAAUGGUGGCCAGCCUUUUUUUCAGUCACGCUCAGCAGAAGACCAUGAUGGGGAAAAGCAGCACCAGCAGACGGAAGUAUAAGCCCCAAACUGUGGCUGCAAAGUUCCAGCAGUCGCUUCUGGACCUCGUGGAGAAGAUGGAGAGGUGUAACCCUUUCUUUGUCCGCUGCAUCAAGCCCAACAGUAAGAAGGAGCCAGGACUGUUUGAGGCCGAUACAGUCAGCCACCAGCUACGAUCCUCGGGGAUCCUGGAGACCAUCCGAAUCCGCAAAGAGGGCUUUCCUGUCCGCAUCCCCUUCCAAAUCUUCAUUGACAGGUACCGCUGCCUCGUCAAUAUUCGUACUGACAUCAUCCCGGAUGGGUGGAACUCUGCGGGGGUGCUGAAGAAGCUGUGCCCGGUCACCCCAGAGAUGUACUGCAUUGGCACUACCAAGCUCUUCAUGAAGGAAAGCGUCUACCAGCAACUGGAGGCCAAGCGGGAACAGAUCGUUCACAUGGCGGUGGUGACCCUGCAACGUUACAUCCGUGGCUUCUUGAUCAAGAAACGCUUCUACGCCUUACGCUGCAAGAUUAUCCUCUUCCAAGCCCGGGCACGGGGUUAUCUUGUCAGGCAAAAAUAUUGGAGGCUGCGUCAGACGCUCAUCAAAUUCAGAUGCCUGGUACGCAUCUAUAUGAACCGCAGGAGAUACCUCAAGAGGAAGGACGAGGAGCGUCAAAUUGCAGAACAGGAGAAGAGAGAGGCUGAGCAGGAACUGAGUCAGCGAGAAGUGAUGAAAGUCUCACACUUGGAAAUCCCUGCCGAACUGGUUGGACUCUUAAACACAGUGGCUGGUAUGGUGCUCUUGAAUGAGGACUGUGUCAUUCCUGUCCCUCCACCCAAGAUGCAGGCCAGAUCCCAGCUCACUCUGCCUCUUGACAUCAACAAUUACCCCAUGGCCAAGUACGUGCAGCUCCAUUUCAAGGAGCCAUUUUUUGGGAUGCUCACAAGGACCCUGUCAUCCCCCCUGACUCAGUUAGAUGAGAGUCUGGCCCCUGAAGCACUUAGUCUCUUCAAGCUGAUCCUUCGCUUUAUGGGUGAUGCCCAGCUCAAUGGCAUCCAGGAGAACCUGUUUGGGAACUAUAUUGUACAGAAGGGGCUCUCCAUGCCAAACCUGCAGGAUGAGAUCCUGGCCCAGAUUGCUAAUCAAGUGUGGCGGAACACCAAUGUCCACAAUGAAGAACGGGGGUGGCUCCUGUUGGCCUCGUGCGUCAGCGCUUUUGUGCCUUCCCCUCAGCUGGAUAAGUACCUGCUGAAGUUUGUUUCCGACUAUGCCUUUGAUGGCUAUAAACCUGUCUGCCAACACAAGGUCAUGCAAGCAAUGGCCAUGGGUCAGGAUGGCACAGAGGCCGCCCGAGCCUAUCCACCCACCCUACUGGAGUGGAUUGCCAGCCGUGACCGUGUGAACAUGGCCCUCGAUGUCUACUGCUUCAAUGGAGAUCAUUUUUCUUGCCCUGUCCAUUCCUGGACCACAGGGGAAGGCCUUGCUGAAAGCGUAUUGAAAUACAGGGGUCUUACAGAUGGAUGGCGAGGCUGGUCUGUCACCAUGAAGGACAGCACCCAGUGGGCCGAGCUGGCUGGCCACGACUAUGUCUUGGAUCUGAUUUCUGACCUGGAGCUGAUCCGAGGCUUCCCCAAGCAGAAAUCGUAUUUCAUCCUUGCCUCUGAAGAUCCAGAGAAAAAGGCUGAUGGCAAAUUGGUAUUCCAACGUGGCCUGGAUUCAGAUGGGAGAGUUCCCCCUCCACCGCUUAUGAAGGCCCCCACCGUAGCCUCUGCCAAUCUGCCAGACUCCGAGGGAUAUUGCAGCCACGAUUCAGACACCUUCAGUGAACCCCGGAGCCAAAAAGGGCUGGAUCACUAUCUGGAUAGCCUCUUUGAUCCUGUGCUGUCCUAUGGGAAAGGGGAACUAGAGAAGCCAGCUGCCAUCUCACGCAGGAUGAAAGGGGGUGGCCGCGUUGGACAAGGUGACAAUGGUGAUGGUGUGACUCCUGUGGUCCCCCAGACCUCUGGAAAGGAUGAGGAGACCCUGUUGACACAGCUGGCUUGCAACAAGCAGCAGGAGUCAGUGCUGGCUAGCGAAGGCAGGAACUGUCCGGUUGAACAAAAGUUUGGGGGCGGCAGCAGCAGCAGGCAGCUAGGGGCACAGCGGCCGGUGCAUCCUCCCCCAGUGGAUUCAGGAACGCUAACCCCGGAUCCCCCAGAUGCAGAAGUCCUUCCAGGACCCAGAGGAUGGGCCACUCGGCUUCCAGUUCUCCCACAGAUCUACCUCUCCAGGCAAGGACGGGCUUUCGAUCCGCCAAUCGGCCCUGGAGUGAUGGCCCAGGUCUGGGGAACUGUGGGUGGAGGGGGAAGCAGCUUUACAGGGGGGUCUUCUUUGGCUCCCCGGAUUAGUCGAAUGCAAGUUGGGUCUGGCUCCCGGUUCCAGGCUGGUGAGCUCGUCCGCCAUUCGAAGCUGAAUUCUGAGCACAACCCAGAGCCUACGCAGAAUAUCCGGAACAUUAUCAGGCAGUCCCAGCGACCUUUGCGAGUUCCAGAGCCAGUCAGAAAGGAAGGGGGGAAGGUCUUUGUGAAGAAAAUGGAUCCCCACGAAGAAGCCUUGAUGAUUCUGAAGAGACAGAUGGCCCCAACAGGAGUACCUGUGCAACCCCUUCAGGCCGUCCAAGAAACAGCACCAAGGGAGAUCAUUGCCAUGGUGAGGCCAGUGGCUAGUGCCAAGGUAGCUGAGCCCCCUGCCAUGGCCCGGCCUUUCCCUGAUGCCUCUUCAGCCUCUGUCUCGCGAGAGUUGGCAUCUGAGGGCGAGCAGGUCCAGACGAGACUUCACCGUCGAAACAGUGAGGAGUUUUAUGGGUACCACAACGUCUCUUGGAAGAUCUAUCUCAGGAAAGAGGUUUUUUACCCAAAGGAGAAUAUCAACAGCCCUCUUCUGCUAGACCUCCUUUUUCGGCAGAUCUUCAAUGAUACUCUGUCGGACGCCUGCAUUCGUAUCACGGAGGGGGAGAAGCUACGCAUGAAAGCUCUUUUCGCAGAAAGCAAGCUGGACUCCUUCAGUCCGGUAGCCGAUGAAAGCAUCAAGAAGGAAAUUAUCCGCAUGGGCCGGGAAGAUUGGGAGGUAUAUUUCUCCCGCCUUUUUCCUGCUACGGGCAGCGUUGGCACCGGAGUGCAAAUCUUGGCGGUGUCCGACACGGGGAUUAAACUUCUGCGACUGGUCAAAGGAGCCAAUCUUCCUAGGGAGCAGGUCCGGGUGUUGCGAGGCUAUAGCUAUAGCGAGCUCCUGUUUGUCACCAUCCCCUCAAAGAACAUGCUGGAAUUCAACCUGGUCAAUGAGAAGCUGAUCCUCUUCUCCCCCAAAGCUGUCCAGGUAAAGGCCUUGAUCGACCACUUUAUCACGGAGCUGAAGAAGGACUCACAAUAUAUGGUUGCCAUUAAGGACCAUAUCACAAAUGCUGAAAAGUUUCUGAGUUUUCACAAGGGAGACAUCAUCUGCCUGCGACCCCUGGAGGGCUUGGAACCAGACCACUAUUAUGGCUGCGUGGUGAGGAAGAAAGUGAUGCUCCUGGAAGAGGUCAAAAAAGGCACCUUGGAUUUUGGGUGGACAUUUGGUGCCAUCUAUGGGAACUCGGGGCUGUUCCCCGCCAGUUGCGUCCAACCAGUGGCUGCCCCAGAUUUCACACACCUGCCCACAGAGAAGAAGGAGGACCCCAACAACAGGCAGGCCAAGGUGGCUGGCCCAACCUCGGUGGCUGUGGCUGUCGCAUCAGCGGCUGUGGCUCAGGAGCUGGACAGGAAGGUUUCCCCAGGGGGCGAAGAGUACUUGGAGAGCUGGGAGGAAUUCAAGCACGCCCCACAGAACAGGCCACAAGGAGGCCCUUUCACCAUGCUGGAGUUCGCCAAGAACUAUUUCCGAGAAGGGCAGCGGGCAAAGACGGACAAGCAGAAAUUGAAGAAGGGUGUCGAAUCCAAGAGUGUGGCAGAUAUUCUGAAAUACACCAAGUGCCCCAUCCAGGAGUCGCUCAUUGGAUUCACCAACAGCAGCCUGAACAAAACAGCAGCAGAAUCCUUUCAGGCUGUGAUGAAGUUCAUGGGUGACCUUCCACUCAAAGGACAGUCUGAGCUGGACAUGGUCUAUACUUUGUUGAAGCUCUGUGGAGACCAUGAAGUCAUCCGGGAUGAAGUUUUUUGCCAGAUCCUCAAACAGAUCACAGACAACGUCAGCAGCAAGAUGGACAGCUGUCUGAAAGGAUGGAGGCUUCUGUAUAUCCUGAGUGCCUACUACAGAUGCUCUGAGGUGUUCAAGCCCUACCUUCUACAGUUCCUCCAGGAGGUCUGUGGCCAUCCUGGCUUGCAUUUCCAAGGCAUUGCCAAGGCCUGUGAGCAGAACUUGCAGAAGACUUUCAAGUUUGGUGGCCGCUGUGAGUUUCCCAGUAACGUGGAGCUCAGAGCCAUGGUGGUUGGAAGAAGUUCAAAGCGUCAGCUAUUCCUCCUUCCAGGAGGAAUCGAAAGGCACCUGAAAAUCAAGACUUGCUCGGUUGCCCAGGAUAUCAUAGAAGAGAUCUGCUUCGAAAUGGGUCUGCACCAGCCUGAAGCCUUCAGAGAAUACAUCAUUUUUGCUGUCUCUAGUAGAAAUCAGAAUGUCCGGCCUCUGGACCGGCGGGAGUACAUCCUUGAUGUCACCAUGGAAAUGGAGAGUGUGGACAGCAGCUACAUGUUCUGGUACCGGCGUGUGAUUUGGACCCAGCCGCUGAAAUUUGACAAUGAACUCUACGUCACCAUGCAUUACAAUCAGGUACUCCCUGACUAUCUGAAAGGUCUCUUCAACAUCUCGUCUUCUGCGAAGCUGAGUGAACAACAGCUCCAGCAAGUCUCCAAACUGGCAGCUCUGCAGCUCUGGGUGAAGGGCCUGGCCACCUUACGGGAAAUUCAGGAUUACAUCCCACCCCAGUUCUACCCUCUGCAGAAGACUCAGGCGUGGCUGGACAUGGUCGCCCCCUACAUGCAGCAAAUACAGGCCUUGAGUGCCCACCAGGCUCGGGCACAGUUCUUAGGGCUCCUGAGCGCUUUCCCCAUGUUCGGCUCUUCCUUCUUCUACAUCCAAAGCUGUAGCAAUAAUACCAUCAUUUCCCCGUGUAUCCUGGCUGUGAACCAGAAUGGGCUGAAUUUUCUCAACAAGGAAACUCACGAACCCAUUGUAACGUUCUCUCUGAAGGAGAUCCACUCUACUCGCACCCAGCGACCCUCGGCUGGAUCCAGCUACCCCUACGUGGAGAUUAUGCUGGGAGACUUGAUGUCUCAUAGGGUCACCCAGCUGCAGCUUAAGCAGGGCCUGGAACUGUGUCGUGUCAUUGCCACCCACGUGGAGAGCCUGCUGCAUGCUCGUGAAAAGCGGCUGACGCUGCCCCCAAGUGAGAUUACUUUGUUGUGACUGGAUCUGCUGUUCUGCGUCUCUCUCUCUCUUCCAGAUUCCAGAACAGAUCCUGGCCCUACUCUGAACCAGCCUGAAAGAUACAUCUGAGCUGUCAACAGCUCUUCCUUUAGGGCUCAAUGACAUCCCCAUUGUCAUCUCCAGAUUGAGGGGUGGGAAUGCAUGGAUGUGAGCGAGUGACCUCAGGGCAUCUCACCCUGCUCAUUUCCCUCCAGGUCCAAUCCACCCAGGACUAGUGAAGCAAGUGGAGAAAGGCAAUACUUUUGCUUAGCUUUUAGCAUACUUACUAAAGGAUGGGCUACAAGUAGCAGGCAGGAGGCUUGGAGGGACCACUGCUGAUCCCAGCGCCAGCCCUGCAACCAGCGGGAAGAAACACAGAACUUUUUUCGUUUCUUUCGUGGUGUCAUUGCAUUUCCAUUUAUUACCACACCAUCAGAUUUUAUUAGAUGCCUUCAUUAAAUUUAUAUUCCCUUUCCUCCAGGACCAAAAGAGGGUGCACCUGUUCCCCCCACCAGCCCCAUACAUGCACACAAACACAACAUUUUCUGCCAUGUUUAUGGUUAGUACACCAGGCCAAGAUCUUGUGGCUUGUCCAAGCUCAGACAGCAUCUCUGCUGAGCAACGACUGAAACGAGGGUCUCUCCAACCUCAAUCUCGUACUCUAGCCACUCACUUGACACCUUAGCUUCAAAGAGCACAGCUGCAGCCAGUGGCCGCAUUCUUAACACAGAUGUGGAAUGGAUGCUUUGCAUUUUAGUGCCCUCAAAAUCAGUGACUUGGGGAAGCGCAAGAAAGUUGGAGUUUUUAUACCAAGACUAGGUUCUCAAGAACAUUAACACUGCCAAUAGAGAUGGAUAAUACACAUUACUAUCCUGUCUGAACCUGAAAUUGGGUAUUCAAACCUGAGCGUGUGCAAGCGGCGAUAGUUCCCAGCAAAUUGUAAUAAUGCUGGUUUUCCCAGCAACUUUCAGAUGCUGUAUUGGAACAGGAAUCACCUAUUGCUGGCAAUUCCAGCUGGCUCCUAGCAGCAUCCUCUAUAUUUUUCAUACGGACUAGAAGCAUCUCUCAUACAGACUAUCCUAUGUUAGCAGGUUUACUCGGCCAGCAAGAUGUCAGCCAGACACCAAAUUCUCCUUUGCUGUGCUGGACCAGGCCAAGUUUGCGCCUGGCUCAAUAUUCCAUUUCCAACAGCUGUUGGCCAGAUGUUGUGUAGAAACGUCUGAGCAAAAUACGAUGAAGAUUCAUCUAUUGUUUGUAUCCAGACUCUGUUUAUAUUCAAAAAAAGGUUUUUAGAAUUUUUUUUUAAUAAUUAUUCUCCUCUUAUUUCGUGGUAUGUCUCCCCAAACCGUAGCUU